CGAGGCCCGAGGGGAUAGGCCGGCAGGUGGGGCAGAGGUGGCUGCGGAGGAACGGCCAGCCUCCUCUCCGGGAUAAAUAGAGCCACGAGGGGACCCGGUGGGAUGGCAUCGGGAAGGGCCCGUCGUUUGCUUCCAGGCAGGCAGAGCGGCGGAGGAAGGGGGAAAGCAGGGAUAAAGAAGCGGGAAGCGAGACCGAAGCCCCCUCCCGCGCUCCUUCGCUCUCGUUUGGCAUCGGAGCGCCCCGCGUCUCCUCCAGCCCGCCUUUCGCCCUAGGAAAGCCCGGGUGGAGAGCCCGGCGGCCACCGCUCUUCCAUGGACGUCCUAGGCCACAUGGAGCUGACCGAGGGCUCCCUCUGCUCCUUCUCGCCCGCCGGCGAUUUCUACGACGACCCUUGUUUCAACACGUCGGACAUGCACUUCUUCGAAGACUUGGACCCGCGGCUGGUCCACGUGGGAGGCCUGCUGAAGGCCGACGAGCACGGCCACCACCACCACGGCCACGAGGACGAGCACAUCCGAGCGCCCAGCGGGCACCACCAAGCGGGCCGCUGCCUGCUUUGGGCCUGCAAGGCCUGCAAGAGGAAGACCACCAACGCCGACCGCCGCAAGGCGGCCACCAUGCGCGAACGGCGGCGGCUCAGCAAGGUCAACGAGGCCUUCGAGACGCUCAAGCGAUGCACCUCCACCAACCCCAACCAGCGCCUGCCCAAGGUGGAGAUCCUGCGCAACGCCAUCCGCUACAUCGAAAGCCUCCAGGCGCUGCUGCGGGAGCAAGAGGACGUCUACUACCCGGUCCUGGAACACUACAGCGGCGACUCCGACGCCUCCAGCCCCCGCUCCAAUUGCUCCGACGGCAUGAUGGAAUACAGUGGUCCUCCUUGCAGUUCUCGCAGAAGGAGUAGUUAUGACAGCAACUACUAUUCAGAAUCACUCAGUGAUUCAAAGCAAGGGAAGAAUUCAGUCGUUUCCAGCCUAGAUUGCUUAUCCAGCAUUGUGGAACGGAUUUCAACAGAGAGCACAGCUUGUCCUGCUCUACCCACAGCUGAAAGUGGGAUUGAAGGCAGUCCUUGCUCACUCCACGAAGGGCCCAGCCUGAGUGAUACCGGAGCCCAAACCAGCUCCCCAGCCAGCUGUACUCAGAUUCCUCAGGACUCUGCCAACAACAAUGCCAGCAACCCUAUUUACCAAGUGCUAUGAAGUGCAAAUAUGACAAAUGCUCUCUUUUAACCAACAAUCGUACUUAAACCUGCAUUUCCAAGACUGAGAAUGAACGAUACUUAGGCUAUUUUUUUUUUACUCGCUUUCAAAUCUAUCUAAUAAUUCCUUUUUUUCCAUGCUUGUAUUACUCCAAGAAUGCACUUAUUUAUUGGUUAUAAACAAAAGCUAUUUAAUUUGUAUAUAGAGGACUUUUAGAAUUGUGCACCAUGAAAUGGCCAAUGUUUUUACCGUGGAAAGGUCAAUGGACGGGGAUCCUUGCAGUCCUGGAUAGGCUGCUCAAUUCCCAUUACAAUCUGUAUACUUUAAGCAGCCAGAUGCAUUCAGAAUUGCUGCUUUUCUUUGCAAUUCCCCCCAUCUAAACCCCCACCCCAUAAUCACAUCCACAUAUACGCAGAAAAGGUUGUGGACCACUUUUUUUAAAAAAAGAAAAAAGAACAAGAGCAAUUAUUUUGUAUACUUUGCAAAAAAGUUUCCAUGGAAAGAACAAUAAAAAUGUAUGUAUUUAAUGUUGCUUGGUUUGUUGUGCAAAACUUUAACUUUAUAUAUUUAUACAAUAUGGAUGCUGAGAAUGUUUUCAACACUAUUCUAAAUAAAGAUCCUUAUUUAUAAAA